AAGAGUAUUUGCAGUCAGUUCUGCAAGCGUCUAAAAAGUUCCCAUGAAGCUUUUGCUGCUUCUCUCAAACAGCUAGAAGUUGGUCACUCUGGCAGGCUGGAGAAAACUGAAGAUCUUUGGCUAAAGGUUCGUAAAGAACAUGCACCACGUCUGGCCCGUCUGUCACUAGAGAGCAGAUCUCUGAGGGAUGUUUUAUUGCAUGGAAAACCAAAGUUAGGACGUGAGCUAGGAAGGGGCCAGUAUGGUGUCGUCUAUCUGUGUGACAGCUGGGGUGGCCACUUUCCCUGUGCUUUGAAGUCUGUGGUACCUCCAGAUGAAAAACACUGGAAUGAUCUUGCUCUAGAAUUUCACUACAUGAGGUCCCUGCCUAAACACGAGCGUUUGGUCGAUUUGCAUGGCUCUGUAAUUGACUAUAAUUAUGGAGGAGGCUCCAGCAUUGCAGUUCUGCUAAUCACAGAACGUCUCCAUAGAGAUCUUUACGCAGGACUUAAGGCUGGUCUGUCUUUAGAGGAACGGUUACAAGUUGGUUUAGAUGUGGUGGAAGGCAUCCGUUUUCUGCAUAGUCAGGGCCUGAUCCAUAGAGACAUCAAAUUGAAGAAUGUUCUGUUGGACAAAAAGAACAGAGCAAAGAUCACAGACCUGGGUUUCUGCAAGCCAGAGGCUAUGAUGUCUGGCAGCAUUGUGGGAACUCCUAUACACAUGGCACCAGAACUCUUU